AUGGCCGUGAAGAGCUCCAUGCCGCAGUUCGUCGCGCGUUGUCUGGAUGAGAUCGGGCUCGAGGGCCGCUGCGGGAUGCCGCUGCGCGCGCUGUUCGACGCGCUGGACCCAGAGCAGGACGCGGCCUACCGCCGCUACGCCUGGCGCGUGCUGCGCGGCAUGGAGAACCAGCUGAGCUUCCACGUGAUGCGGCCGCUGGACUCGCGCGACGACAAGCAGGUGGACCAGAAGCCGCUGAUUGGCGCGGAGGAGACGCCGCGCCGGAAGCGCAAGUGGAAGACGACGCUGCUCGCCAGCCCCCCGAACUGCGAGUCGCCCGCGGCCAAUGAGACGACGGACAGGACGCCCAAGCGCCACAAGCACAAGAGCCAGCCGCUGCAGCCCGUGCUGCCGUCCAUGAGGCGAAUUGCGGCGCAGAAGCAGCGGCGGAGGAUGUCGGACGCGGACUGUGAGAGCCGAGGAGACAGAGCAGAGGGCGCUGGACGACUACGGAGGCGGCGGCAGGGCAGCGCGGAAGUCAGUAUUAAACAGGAGGUUGGCGAUGCGGCGGACGAGACGCAGUGGGUAUUACGAAGUCCACGGGGCUUCCGCCUCGGAGAAGAGGUGGAUGUGGGUGGAUUGAGCUACGAAGAAGCUGUCACGAGUAAUCACGAUGGUGUGCUCGGAGUAGUGGCGUGCGAGUCGUUGCGGCUGAAGUAUUUGGGUGUUCAGGACGCUAGCCUCAUGGACACGAUCUCGCCGCAGUUUGACCUUCUGGAGAUUAUUGGCCGAGCGCGAGUACGUGGCGAGAACGCCGCCACGCUGACGAACUCGCGACUUUUUGGAGACUCGCGGAAGCUGCACUAUUUGCUGGACAUGCUGAUUGUCUCGGGUUACGUUGUAAAGAAUAUUGUUACGGCAGACCAGAGACGGUUUAACAUCGUGCACCUGCGACGGUUUGCGAGCAAAUUCCACCCGUCUAUGGUGUCACCGUCUGCCGCAAUUGCACGGCAGUCGUUCCCGAAAGAAGUUUUGGCAGAAGUCAUUGUUGGCAUGAUGAAGGCUCGAGGAGAACGGACUUGUGUGUUUGCUGACAUUGGUCGCGAGCUGGGCUACGGGAAGCGCCACCAAGAGCAGUUGCGUAAUUAUUUCAUCCAGCAAAUGAACGCGAAACCAGGUUUCCCUCUACAGUUGUUUAUGGCACGGUGCAAAACUGGCAGUGAGUACAUUGGGCGGAAGUUGUGGUGUGUUCGUCUUCGCGACGGUUCAUCUGGUGUAUCUGGUCGGCGGCGGGGCUCUUCGGUUACGUUUGAAGAGCUAGGACCGGACACUAUGGCUGUCGGUCGCCCUGUUGUUGAGCGCGGGAUAAUGGAGCAAAUGUAUGUCGCUAUUCAAGACAGAGAGAAGGUUGGUGCUACCGUGCCUGAGCUUCGAGACGUGUUGGGUGUUCCCACGUUUAAGCUGCCGUACAAGCUGGCGCAGGGGUUGAUUUCAAACUACAACAUUUCGGUGGAGCAAGUUGUACUAGGCAAGAGUACGAUGUAUCGGAUUUCGGUGGGUUCCAAUGUUGGCGUGCGAGUGACCCGUGCCGCUGACAAGUAUAGCACACCAAAAGGACUGGACAGCACAGACGAUAGUAGUGGACAACUUCAACCGGGCACAAUGAAGGAGGCUACCCGGGGUAUGGUGAGAGCAUCAACGAUUGACAGACGAAGGAACUACAUUUUGAAGCGCGUGCAAAUGGAGAAAGUUGUGUCUUUGCACCAGCUACGAACGGGUUUGAUUGAAAUGGAACGUGUUGCAGAAGCCAGCACUAUGGACAUUCGAUCGGUUCGCCGUAUUGUCGAUGAGCUGGUGGAGGAAAAGAAAAUGAUGACGAUGGAUAUUACGCUGCCACCAAAACAGGUUCUUCAGAAAGCUCAUCGCAAGGUGAAGUGUGCUGUUCUGGUUGGAUAUCAACGCAGCCGUGAAGCGAUCCGCGAGUUCAUUAAGGCGUACGAGGAAGAGCAGCAGAGGAAGUAUCAGGCAAACUUGGUGGAUCACGACAAUGACGACUACGUCGUCGAGCCUCAGGACCAGGAGGUUGUCAACUACAGCGCUGACUCGUACAAACUGGCACGACUUGGGCUUGCAAAGCUGCAAAAGCAAAGUCGCAGGCUUGGUAUGUUUUUCGGCAUAAUGUACAAGUGCCGGGCUUUCCAUCUGAUGAUCUGGGAACGACUUGAGCUGCUACGUGGUCAGAAUGUCUUGGAUCUCUUGACCGUGAAGGAGUACAUUCAGCUUGUUGGUGUACCCGAACUUCUCACCGAUUGCGAAGAAUCGGCUGUCAGGCUGGCUGCAAGCAAAGGUGGCGGAUGGGACGUGUUGCCUCAGUCAAUAGUAGAGAAGCUUCGAGGGUGUGAAGCAGAUCGAUUCUCGAAGAUUGUGCGAGUCUUGCUUGACCUGAGGCUUCUCGAAGUCGUGCGUGAUACGUCCUCUACUGGCCUUUUCAACGUUUUCCAGUCGUCCGAUGACUUUGAUUCAAUGGUUUCAAGAGUGGCUUUUGCAACUCUUUCGGGAGGACUGUUCAAGGUUAAGCGUCGAGUUCACAUCAGCGUCAAGCAAGGAACAAGCGUGUUGCAUCGGCUUCCAUCCGAGCAUUCGUAUGCUUAUGCACCGGGAUUUUCGUGCAAAAGCAAAAGCGAGCACUUUACUGGACGCGUGCCCCUCAAGUUUGAUUUCAGCGAAGUUGAUGUCAAAGACUACUGGAAGUCGCUACGCUUCUUGAGUGUAGAGGGUGCUCGGUUAGGUACCAAAUCAGACGAGCGUAAUGGCGUGAGCAUCAAGCUUGAUGGUGCACUCAUUCAAUCGGCACCUCUGUCCGAUCACAAUAUAUACGUUCUCAAGGCGUGGGUUCCGCAUUCAACGACGAGCACGAGGAGCAGCACUGCUCGAGCUAAAGCGGCGGCGGGACCUAUCCAGAUGCUGAAGCGUAAACAGUUCCAGUCUGAUGUGCCUCCCGCAGAAUUGCCUUCUCAAAAGAAACGAAAGAUCACCAAGACGGGCAAUGGCAAAAUUUCGCCAUUCAUGGCCCCUGUAGACACAAGUGAAGCAGGUGUCAGCAAGUUCCGAAAGCAAGUUGGUGCUAAGAAAACCCGUCGGACGCAUACGUGGACGUUUGAAGAAGACCUGCAGCUGAUAGAUCUUUACCUGGAACAAAUGUCGUGCCGGUGGUUUGUGGAGGUUCCUUUAGCUUUGCAAAGGAAAGAAGAACGUGUCGCGUUUCGAACCACAGCCUUGUCGCGCACUUUGAUUUCAUGGAAGGAGCUUGGAAAAGUUUUCAAGAAGAAACCCAUCGAGUGCAUGCUGCGUGUAAAUGAUUUACUGGAGGCACCGGCUAUUCAAGCAAGAGUUGAAAGAGCCAAGCUCACCAUCACGCACAUGAAGAAUCCGGGUGGCGAAUUCCAUGAGGAGGUCGCGAUCAUGCAGCAGCCGCGAUUGGCAGCUUUGUUGUGCCGUGCGUUGCAAGUGAUUUUGCACGAGCGAUCCAGUUAUUACUCCGUUCUGGCAGAUAUGCUCAUGGGUAGCUGGAAGGAGAGCGAGGUGAAGUUAGUGUGGAGGUAUUUGUGGCUGGCCGGAAUCAUUACGCGGACACCGCAGGCGAAUGAAGGGAAGGAUCAAAAGCAACGAGGAUUUCAAGUUCACUCGAAAGUGUUCGAGAUGAAAAGCCUGAAGAUCCCCCACUAUUUGAUGGAGACGUUUUGCGAGGCUGCCAAGUACCUGGCAUUCGUGACCGAAAAUGUCGACGAAGCCACGAUGGUCGCAGAAGAAAAUGACCGAUACUUCGAACACGAUAUCGAAGUAAACAUGUCGUCUGGCCAGGCCGCUGUUGCGCUGUCUUCAAUGACUUCAGGGUUCUCUAACCUCGUCCCAUCGUACAUGGCGCCCGCAAAACAAUCCACGGACAAUCGUGAGAUCCAGCGGGCGAUGGCUGUGAAGGGGCUGGCGGGGCACUUGUCGCGACAGUGGGGCGGGGUGUUCCCAGAGGAUUUCUUGAAGGAAUACUGGUCUGUUAAGUCUGUUUUCGGGGUGUCAGAUUCGACAACCCAAGCAAACAAUUUUAAGGAGAUGGAGGCCUUUUCCGGUAGU